AAACUGGACUAUAAAAAUAAAAAAAUCGAUGAAGAAUACCUUCAACUUCACCAUUGCAAGAUUUACCAAACAACCAAAAACUUCUCCAGUGAAGGAAAAAAACAUCGACUUUGAAAAUGAAGAUCGCUUCCUUAAAAUUGUUGUUAUUGGUUUCUCUACUUUUUGCCGUAACCCAAAAUGGAAUUAGCAUUCAAAACAGUGAAACUUCUGUCAACCAAAACUCAUGUAUGCCGAAUGAACCAAGAUGCACCGGUUGUCCAGGUGGUGGUAGUGGUGGUUAUCGUGGACCACCACCUCCAUGUUGUAAGAAUGAUAGUGAUUGUAAAGCGCAUUGCCCAGAGGGAGGUUAUUGCAGCAACCAAUGCGACUGUGUUUGUAAUUUGGUUAAAGUGAUGAAUAAUGAUGUUCGUUGCCAAGUAGAUACUGAUUGCAACAUGAAAUGUUCAAAGCAAGGCUAUUGCAAAUUGGCAUCUUAAAGAAAACUCCUUUGUAUAUGCAUGCAUAUAUGAUGAAUGCUUAAAAUAAAUAAAUAUAUUUCAAUAACCGCAGGCGUUAUACUUUUAG